AUUUGGAGAAUCUCAAAUCCUAGGGGAGAUACCCCAGUCUGCCCCCACCACCCUCUGCUGGCCUGGGACACCUCAAGCUGUGCCUGCAAAACCUCCAUGGCAGCUCCAAGUCAUGGGGCACAAUGGGGUGCAGACCCCAACUGCAGACCCCAGGGAUGUGAGGGCCUGAUCCUGUGACUUAAGGUUUUCCUAAAUCUGGGCCAGGUUUUCACUGUCCCAGAGAGAUGGCUUUGGGAUGAAGCUGGCGAGAAGCCAUCCUUCAAGCUCUCUCUGGAAGAAAAGCAACCUUUCUAGCAAAAAGAAAAAAAAAAUUCAUGGAAAGCUCUGGUUUGCCUCCUCUUGCCAAAACCAAUUGUUGAUGAUUUUUCACGGCUGCUUUGACUUUGCCUUUGCCUGUGACAGAGGGAACAAUGUCAGACACGCUCCCGUUUUCCCACUCUGAUUUUUUCCCCUGAAGCGGGAAGAGAGGAAGGAUCCGACUGAAGGACAGGGACCUGUCCUAGGGAAAUAUCAGCCCCAGGGGCUCCCAAACCUGGCGUGAGGAUCUCAGUCUUUCCUCCAUCCUCAGGGUUGGCUUUGGGGCUUUGGGGCUGGAAGUGGAGUCUCUUGAAGAUGUCCCCAGAGCUGCCAAGGGCUGAGGACUGCCCAGCUCAGGGCAGUAGUGGAGGUUGCAAUUGGGACAUGGGGACACAGAAGUGGCCCUGGGAGGACAUCCAGGCACCCACACACCUUCCACAAGCUCCCCCGAUGUUGUCCACCAGGGUACAAGUGGAAAAAUUCUUCAUCCUGAAUGAUUUGCACUGCUGGAAGUAAUGCACUACAGGGAGGUAUUUCCCCGCUGUGUCUCUGGGCUUGGACUCUCCCUGCACCUUCAAACCUUCUCCAAGGAUUGCAUGGUGGCAAGGUCCAAGGAGACCAUGACCACUGAUGAGGCCACCAAGAGUGAAGGGGAGGUGCAGGCAGCAGCUCUGGCAGAGCGAGGGGAGGACAUCACCCCAUCCAAGGACCGAGGGGUUCUGAAGAUCAUUAAACGACCUGGGAGUGAGGGGGAGUCUCCCAUGAUUGGAGACAAGGUUUAUGUGCACUACAAAGGCAAACUGGCCAACGGGAAAAAAUUUGACUCCAGCCGGGAUCGGAACGAACCCUUCAUCUUCAGCCUGGGCAAGGGUCAGGUAAUCAAGGCAUGGGACAUUGGGGUGGCCACCAUGAAGAAGGGAGAGAUCUGCUACUUGCUCUGCAAACCUGAGUACGCAUACGGCUCUGCUGGCAGUGCCCCCAAAAUCCCCUCCAAUGCCACCCUCUUUUUUGAGGUCGAGCUGCUUGACUUCAAAGGCGAGGACUUGUUUGAGGAUGGAGGAAUAAUCCGGAGGAUCAAGAGGAAGGGAGAAGGUUACUCCAACCCUAAUGAAGGUGCUACCGUGGAGAUUCACCUGGAGGGAUUCUGUGGUGGCCGCAGGUUCGACUGCAAGGACGUGAAAUUCGUCGUGGGCGAAGGGGAGGACCACGACAUCCCCAUCGGCAUUGACAAGGCCCUGGAGAAGAUGCAGAGGGGAGAGCACUGCAUCCUCUACCUCAGCCCACGGUACGGCUUUGGUGAGGCUGGGAAGCCGAAAUAUGGCAUCCAGGGGAACACAGAGCUGGUGUACGAGGUGACCCUGAAGAGCUUUGAGAAGGCCAAGGAGUCGUGGGAGAUGGACACCAAGGAGAAGCUGGAGCAGGCAGCAGUGGUCAAGGAGAAGGGCACGAUGUACUUCAAGGAAGGCAAAUACCUGCAGGCAGUGAUUCAGUAUGGGAAGAUUGUGUCCUGGCUGGAAAUGGAGUAUGGCUUGUCUGAAAAAGAGUCUAAAGCCUCUGAGUCCUUCCUGCUGGCUGCCUUCCUCAACCUGGCCAUGUGCUACCUGAAGCUGCGGGAGUAUGCCAAGGCUGUCGAGUGCUGUGACAAGGCUCUGGGGUUGGACCAGGACAAUGAGAAAGGCUUGUACAGGAGGGGUGAAGCCAGGUUAUUGAUGAACGAGUUCGAGCUGGCCAAAUGUGACUUUCAAAAAGUGCUGGAAGUGAAUCCACAGAACAAAGCAGCAAAAUCCCAGAUCUCAGUGUGCCAGAAGAAAACGAAGGAGCACAACGAGCGGGACCGGAGGAUCUACGCCAACAUGUUCACAAAGUUUGCAGAGAGGGAUGCAAAGGAAGCAGCCAGCAAAACCGGUGUGGAAAAGCCAGCAGAGAAGGCAACUUGUGAAAAAGGACCCAAAACUUCUGGUGCUGAAGGUGAAGAGGCUGAAGGACACGUAUGAUGGAGGAGGAGGGGAUGGGAUAACCUCGUGCCCUCGGCCCACACUGAAAAAGGUUGCUGCCAAACCUUGGGACUUGCCAGUGUUUUCUUGUAAAGCUUGUUACAGUUUGUGUGAUCGUGGAAGCAAAAAGCACCUCGCAAAGAAAAGCGACCCCGUCCCCCUGCCCCGAGUGCACUGGGGGCAGAGCAGGAGUGGCAGGGACCAUGGGACCACCACACGUGGAACAAAUACCAUUUAAACUGCAGGAAAAAGGAAAAAAAAAUAUUAUCAUUAUAAAUUAAAACUCUUGGCUCCUGGGAGGUUUCAGUAGACAGCUCCCUGGGCUUUGUGUCCACUCUCAGCACAGCAUCCUCUGACAGGAGCUGGGAUGUGGGAAAUGCUCCCUGUGCACUGCAGUGCUGCCUCUGCUUGUCCCAGCACAGCCCCAGGGACAGCGAUUGCCUUUGUCUCCUGCUGACUCCUUGCCUGUGGCCAAAGGAGUUGCAGGGCAGAGCCAGGAUGAGAACCCACACGGCCUCUGCUGCAGCCCCUGGGUGCAGGGACAUCAUUAAAGCACUGUUUGGGGAGGGGAGCACACACAGAUUUUACCUUCUGAAGGAGCUGGUUCCUGUUUCUUUAGAGAGCAAAAGCCUGUCCAGCUUUGCAGGUGCUCAACCCACGGCCUGCACCCCAUCCCUUGGCUCCCAGCUUUAAAUGGGAGUUUUAUUGCUUUUAUUGGGAUCUGCACGUGGGGAAAAUAAAAGAACAGGUUGACACGUGGCUCAAAAGCACGUGGCUGGGUCUGAGCUGGUGCCAUGGGUUUGUCACUGAGCAGCUUUCCCAUGGUGAGGGGGUCCUGGGUGCAUCGUGUCCCUGCACUGGAGCUGCUGCUGCCUCCUCCGCCAUCAGCCCUCUCCAUCCUAAAGGGACACUGUCACUACCCCGUGAAAACAGCUUUCCAGUUGUUAUUUUUCCUGUCUCUAUAAUAAUACCCCUUUUGGAGCUUGAAAAUAAACAACUGAAAGGAAAA